CGUGCUGACGUCACGUAUGCGGAAGUAAUCGGCUAACCAUGUAGCAUUACCCAAAAGCAGAGACAAUAAAUCUGCGAACAAUUAGACAUUAUUCCAUUAUUACAUAUUUAAUUCGACCCAGUGGCUCUUUGAGGAUUUAGAGGCUCGCAAACAAUUAAUAGACUGUGAAAUGGAGGACCCUGCUAACACAGGAGCGGAAUCUGUGGCUUCACCACCAGCUGGUGCGCCCAAAUCAAAGCUGGAUGCACUGUCCAAAGAGGAUCUCAUCAAGUUCACCAAAAAGCAAAUGGCUGCUUUCCAAAAGAUGAAGAGCAGAUGUGCAGAUUUGGAGAAGGAAGUGGAGACGCUCAAAGAGCCUUGCCAAAACCGUAACAGCAGUUCAGACGACUCCUCGUUGAUAGAGGAGCUGACAGAGAGGAUGGAUGCAUUAUUGUUGGAGAAGGCAGAAACACACCAAAGCCUCGCAAUGUCUCAAAAAGAAUUGGAGAGGAUCAAACAAUUAGCCAAGGAUGAAGUCGCAGAACUUGGCCAUGUGAUCGAAGACCACCAACGGACCAUCGACGUCCUAAAGAUCAGCAUUAAGGAAUCCGACAGUCGACGGCAAGAAGAAGUGGCACAUUUCCAGAAAUUGCUGGAAGAGCGAGAAGACCGCGAUAAGGAGGGAGAAAGUGAAAGAGAGAAACAUCACCUUUUUGAGGAAGCCGGCGUCAGUGGUGUCCACGAAAGUUCCCUGAAAGUUCAGCUUCAAACUCUUCAAGCUGAACUCGAAGCGAUCCGAGAGGGAAGCUCGAAGGAGAUCGCCGCGCUGCAAGAGAGUCACCAGUCCGAGCUGACUGAAGCCCAGCAGGAGGUGGAGAACCUGAAGGAAGAGUUGGCCCAGAGGAGCAUCCAGCACGAGGUGGAACUCAGGGCUCUUGAGGAGGAAUGUGAGGUGGAGAGGGAGCGUCUUCUGCUGCUCCAGGAAGAGCUGACUGAGCAGCUGGCUCUCAAAGAGAGCUAUCUGCAGGAUGUCCAAGAAGAAGACGAGGAGCCUGGUCGUAGUUCAGGGAUCGCUAAGAAGCUGGCGCUGUCUGCGUGCAGUCAAGGCGACUCCAGUGGUGUUGAUAGCGAGGCCGCGGAGGGCGGACCACUGAGGGCGGCCAUGGAGGACCUUCACGCUCAGAACACCAUGUUACAAGAUGAGCUCACCCUGCUCAGUAAUGUGAAGACCGAGCUUGAGUCAGAGCUGGAGAAAGUCAAAGAGGAGUUCCAGAUGGAAAGGGAAGAGAUGGAUUUUAAGAUCAAUGAGUUGCAGUUGAAUCGAGAGAUUGACCCGACAACCCCCAACCUCAUAAACGUUGACUCUGAAAGGACCGUAUCAUGUGAAUCCAAAGAGUCACCGGUCAUGCCAGUCCAAGACCAAAACCAACAGAUUAAAGAUGAGCAAGAGAAGCUUAAGUCCCAGUGUGAAGCCUUGACCAGAGAGAGGGACUCUGCCCUGGCAGACUUCUACCACAUGAGGGACGUACUGCAAAAGUUUGAGACAGAACUGGCUCAGAAGACCAACGACUUUGUUCUCCAGUACAAAGCCAUGAAGGAGCAGGGAGCAAACUCGUUACAGAACCUUCAAGACAAGAUAGAGCAACUCAGCCACGAAAAGGAAGAGUUGUCAGCCAAAGUCGAAGGGGUUACGAAGGAGAAGACUGUUCUUAUGGAAACUGUGCAAGACCUAAAAAUGAAGUUCGAGAGUGACUCGGCUGACGAGCAAAAGUCCACAGCAGAGAAACAAACUUUAGCGCUUGAAACUGUGGAGAAGCUCACCAAGCAGAAUGAGGAGAUCCUCUCCCAACUACAAAUAAAAGAGACCGUGACUGAAGAACUGGGUGAGCUGGUGAAUACACUGACUGAAGAGCGAGACAGAAUACAGACCUGGCUUCAACUUCGAGAGGAGGAAAUGCAGGAGCUGAAAAGUGAAAAGGCCAAAGACAUCGAGCGUCUGCAGGAGGAGAAGGAGGCGGCACAACUGCUGAGAGAAGAGAUCGAAAGGGAGUUGAAAGUCUUGAAAACAGAGAAGGAAAAUGAAAUGCAAGUUUUGAAGGAGGAGAGGGACAAGACCGAGGCAAGCCUGAAAGAAGAAGUGGGCAGAAUACAACAGGCUAUGUCCUCUUUGGAGCUGAGUCUCAAAGACAUAUCUGCAGACAAUACCUGCCUCCAUCAAAAACUGGAGGAGACGUUAGCCACGCUUUCCCAAAGCCAGGAAGAGCGGGAACUUGGGGGCUCCAAGCUGGCAGCUGUAGAGGAUCAACUGGAGCAGGAGUCAUCCCGGAAAAAGGAUCUUGAAACGAUGUUGAAUUCUCUGAGGGAAGAAGAAGCUAAGCUCGCUCACAAUACCACGACAGAACUGGAGACCCAGUCGGCAGCUUUUAAAAACACAGAGAAAGAAUUGGAAGACCUCCAAAUAUGCUUCAAAGAGCUGGAAUUGGAGAGAAACCUGUUGAGGACUAGUCUUGAAGAGGCUCAAAGGGAACAAAGAUCGGAGGAAGCCAUGCCAAGCGAGCUUCAUACUCUGGAGCAAGAGAGGAACAUGCUGAGAGUCAAUCUGCAGGAGACGCAAAGAGACACUGAAGGGCUACAGAAAGACCUGAACGACAUGAGGACGCUCAGUGAGAAGAUGUGCGCCGAGAAUCAAAUGUUGCAGGCCCGAAUCCAUCUGAUGUCCCAAGGCAGAGAAGAAAAUGAGAAGGCUGACAUUGAAAGUAUGGAGAGAGAAAGUAGAGAAUUUAAAGAGCGGCUGACGGAGAAGGACUCACUCAUAUCUCAGUUGAAGGCUGAAAUGGCUGCACUGCAGGAUUCUGCCAAGUCAGCAUUGUCUGAGGACAAUAAAGUUGUGGAAAUCACACAUAAACUAGCUGAAAUGGAGCGGCACAACAAAGAAAAGGAUGAGAAGAUCAACAAAAUCAAAGCUGUGGCUGUCAAAGCGAAGAAGGAGCUAAGCAGCAAUAAACAAGAGGUUGUAACCCUCAGGGACGAGGUCGCGUCUCUAAAAGCAGAGCGGGACAAAGUGAACGGUUCAAUGAAGGACAUCAUUCACUGCGCUGAAGGCUACAAGAACCUCCAGAUAGAUUACGACAAGCAGAGCGAGCAACUGGAUACGGAGAGGGAGAAGGCGGAGGCGGCAGAGAGACAGAUCGCCGACCUGAGCAAACACCUGAACAGUGCCGUCACACAGGCGCAGUUGCUCAGCAGAGAGAAGGAGGACUUGCUGGCUGCCAUGGAGACCUCCAGGAGCUCGAUGGUGCAAAUAGAAACCCAGAACCAGGAGCUGCAAAAACACUCCGCCAGUCUGGAUCGAGAUAUUGUGGCUGAGAGAGCAAUGAAGGAACAGAAGAUGAAGGACCUUUCAUCGGCCGUGAAAGAAGUGGAGGAGCUGACAGGCCAGCUCAGCAAGCAGCAGCAGCAAUGGCAGCGGACUAGCCAGGAGCUGGAGCAUCUACGCAAGGAGGCGCAGCAGAACUCUCUGCUAGACAUGGAGAUGGCCGACUAUGAACGUCUGGUCAAAGACCUCAACGCCAAACUCUCAGAGAAAGACCAGUGUUCCGAGGACUUGAGGGCUCAAAUAAGCGGACUAACCGAAAAGAAGGAAAGUCUCCAACAAGAAAUUGAAACUUUAAAGUCCCAGUUGGACCAAGCAGAGGAGAAGACCUCCAAGAUUAAACAGUUGCUGGUGAAAACCAAGAAAGAUCUGUCUGAUGCCAAGAAGCAGGAGAGCUCCCUAACGCUGCUGCAGGCCUCAUUAAAAGGAGAACUGGAAGCAAGCCAGCAGCAAUUAGAAAGCUCCAAAAUGGAGGUGUGUGACUUGAUGGCAGAGCGUCAUCGUCUGCAGGAGCAGCUCAGGUCUGCGUUGGAGCAGCACCAAAGAGCCAGCAGCUGCCUCCAGCAGCAAACAAACAGUCUGCAGCAGGAGAGGGACAUGGCAAAGGCAGAACUGGUGACAAUGACUGAAGAGUUUGAGGGCUAUAAGGUGAGAGUGCACAAUGUACUGAAGCAGCAGAAGAGCAAGCUCAACGGGCAGAACGAAAGCAACGCCAGCAGGGUAGAAAGAGAGGAGUUGACGUCUCAGGUGGACCAGCUGAGGUCCAGGCUGGCAGAGAACCAGAAGUCUCUCCAAAGCAGCACAGCAGAUCUGCAGCAGCUCCAGAAUGAACAUGACACGCUGUUGGAACGACAUAACCAAAUCCUGCAGGAAAAUGUCAGCAAGGAGGCGGAGCUCCGGGAGAGGCUGUUGUCGGUGCAGUCGGAGAACGUGGAUCUGCGCUCGGAGUUGGCUCAGGCUCAGACUAACUCGUCGUCCCACAUGGAGGCCCAGCGACAGACCCACAGGGAGCAGCUGAAGAAGCUGCAGGAGGACCACCGGGCCACGGUGGAGACGCUUCAGCGUCAACUGACCCGUGUUGAGGAACAACUCUUCAACCUGCAAAGUCAGAACAGUUCCAUGGUGGUCCAGUCUAGCCGGAAGUCUCUGGAGGCCCAGCGCCGAAGCACAGACCCGAAUAAUCCAGGGCUGGUACCCCUGGUCAUGAGCGACCUCCAGUCCAUGGCCAGGGAGGAAGGCGAGGGCAUGGAGACCACGGAGAAUGAAAACACCUCCCCUGCACUUUUACCUUCUCUGGAGCACCUCCUCACAUUGCCAGACCUAAAACAAGAGCCGUUUGUGUGGACUGUGGAGCCCACCAAGGAAGAGCUGAGCCACAAGCUGAACACAGCCACCCGCAGUCUGGACCACAUGAACGGCCUCCUGCAUGAAACCGAGGCCACCAAUGCAGUUCUCAUGGAGCAGAUCAAUCUGUUGAAAAGUGAACUGCGGCGUUUGGAGCGCAACCAGGAGCGGGAGAAGAGCGUGGCCAACCUGGAGUACCUCAAGAACGUCCUGCUCCAGUUCAUCUUCCUGCGAUCGGGCAGCGAGAGGCAGGCGCUGCUUCCUGUCAUCCACACCAUGUUGCAGCUCAGUCCUGAUGAGAAGAGCAAACUGGCUGCCAUUGCACAAGGUGAGGAGGAGGCGUCCGGGACUCAGGGCUCCGGCUGGUCCUCUUAUCUCCACAGCUGGUCUGGGAUCAGAUAGAUCACCACAAGACCGGUCAGCAGGUUUGCUCUGGUGGAAACCUGCACUGGUAUUGGGAAACAGGGACAAAUGGCGUGAAGUCACAACCUAACAGAAGGGACCAAGGAAUGUAUGAUGGCAAAUGUGAUGGAGAAAGGGAAAAUAUUUGAAUUCUUAGUGAAAAAUCUAAAUAUAAUUUACUUCAUAUUGAAUCUAAUUCAUCUUUAAAGGGGAACUGCAUUUUUUUUUUCUACCAGUCACAAUCUAUAUCAGGGGUCGGCAACCCAAAAUGUUGAAAGAGCCAUAUUGGACCAAAAAUACAAAAACAAAUCUGUCUGGAGCCGCAAAAAAUGAAAAGCCAUAUUACAUACAGAUAGUGUGUCAUGAGAUAUAAAUUGAAUUAAGAUGACUUAAAGGAAGCUAAAUUACCUCAAAUAUAGCUACAAAUGAGGCAUGGUGAUGCAAUAUGUACAUAUAGAUAGCCUAAAUAGCAUGUUAGCAUCGAUUAGCUUGCAGUCAUGCAGUGACCAAAUAUGUCUGAUUAGCACUACACACAAGUCAAUAACAUCGACAAAAUUCACCUUUGUGCAUUUAUGCACAACGUUAAAAGUUUGGUGGACAAAAUGAGACAGAAAAAGAAGUGACAUAAAACACGUCCUAGAAAGUCGGAGAAAGUUCUACAUGUAAACAAACUAAGGUGAGUUCAAGGACCGCCAAAAUUAGUAGGACAAAACGGCGCUCGCCAAAUACUCGAAUCAGUGAAGCAUGUUUAAUAUAACAGUGUGAUUUAUAACAAUUAGGGAGGGCUGUGUCAUGUUUGUCCUCCUACAGAAACCAUAUUAAAACAAAAAAUAUAUUUUUUUCCCCUCAUUUUUUUCCAUUUUUCAUACAUUUUUGAAAAAGCUCCAGAGAGCCACUAGGGCGGCGGGUUGCCGACCCCUGAUCUAUAUGAUACAAAAACACAUGUAUUUGUUUAUGCAUUCUAACUGUCGAAGUGGAGGCACGUAAAUAAGACCCGCCCACAAAACGUCAAAAAAGCGGCUUGAAGACGAGGUCAGUAAAACAUCAUCUGUGCAACAUUUGGACCAAAUAAUUGCUAGCACAUGUUUAUGUAGACCACCAGGAAGUCUUUUACAUGUAAAAAAAAAAAAAUCAUAAUAUAACCUCUUUAACAUUCUGUAUAUUUUUAAAAACAUUCUACUUUGUGCGUUUUAUUCAUUUAGAUUCAGUUGAUGGUUUUGAAUCCGUCCAUUAUUAAAUUAAGGAUAAAUCCAACCGCUUAUGUAUGUUUAUUCAAAUUAAUCAAAAUAUCAACUGAGGCAAGUAUUUAAAUGAAUUCAAGUGUCAUCAUUAACAACAGAAAUAGUUUUAAUAAUCGACUUCCAGACUUGUUUUUUACACAAUGUCCUGUUUUGUUGAUUGUUUUUGCUGUUAGGCUUAAUUAAGUUGUCAUUUAAUGACAGUGUAAACAUGGUGAAAGUUUAUUAUUGAGUAUUUUAAAGAUUUUAUGGUCACUUUUUUUCUUUAGGGGCAGCUUUUUGUGAUUCUUUCAGCAUAACUUAUUAUAUAAGUGUUCCAUGACAGGACAACUAUGAAGCAGUGUGUAUAAAAAAAAAUGAUCGGGCAUUGAUGGUAAGAUUAUGUGGCUUUGCUUCAGGGGUGUCCAAAGUACGGUCCGCACACCCACUUUUGUUGGCCUUUUGUCAGGAAAAAAAACAACAAUCAAAAUGUAAGAAAAAAUGUUUAAAAAAAUGGGCUGUAAUGGAAAAAAAACUGAAAUGUUCAAAGUAAUAAUUAACAAUAAUAUACUCAGUCACCUAUAACACAAAUUAUUAUAUUUUAAUAUAUAUAUAAUAUCUGUUUUUAGCUUUAUUUAAAUAAAAAAUAUAUUUGACUUUUUAGAAAAAAGUUCAGACACCCCUGAUCGAAAAUAUUAGAAGUUCUCAAACAUAAAAAAAAAAAUAAAGAUGUAUUUAAAGUUUAGUUAGUUGAUUAGUUCAUUGAAAAAAUAAAAAUGAUACUAACUUAUGAAUUAAUUAAUUUGAGAAAAAAAUACAACUAUAAUAAACACUGUUAAAUAUGUAACUGAACAUUAAUAUUUUUGUACAGGCAUACUUUUUGACAUACUAAGUUAUGCAGUUAAACAAUUGUAUUAUUAUUAAUAGUAUUAUUAUAUUCUUACAGGGGGAAAACAAUAGUGAAAAUGUAGGGAAAAAGCUAUUAAAAAAUUGGACUGUAAUGAGAAAAAGCUGAAAUGUUCAAACUAAUAAUUAAUAAUAAUAUACUUAGUCACCUAUAACACAAAUUAUUAUAUUUUAAUAUAUAUAUAAUAUCUGUUUUUAGCUUUAUUUAAAUAAAAAAUAUAUUUGACUUUUUAGAAAAAAGUUCAGACACCCCUGAUCUAAAAUAUUAGAAGUUCUCAAACAUAAAAAAAAAAAUAAAGAUGUAUUUAAAGUUUAGUUAGUUGAUUAGUUCAUUGAAAAAUUUAAAUGAUACUAACUUAUGAAUUAAUUAAUUUGAGAAAAAAAUACAACUAUAAUAAACACUGUUAAAUAUCUAACUGAACAUUAAUAUUUUUGUACAGGCAUACUUUUUGAUGUACUAAGUUAUGCAGUUAAACAAUUGUAUUAUUAUUAUUAUUAAUAGUAUUAUUUUAUUCUUACAGGGGGGAAACAAUAGUGAAAAUGUAGGGAAAAAGCUAUUAAAAAAUUGGACUGUAAUGAGAAAAAGCUGAAAUGUUCAAACUAAUAAUUAAUAAUAAUAUACUUAGUCACCUAUAACACAAAUUAUUAUAUUUUAAUAUAUAUCAUAUCUGUUUUUAGCAUUAUUUAGAUAAAAAAAUAUCAAAAUGGCCCCCCCUAUAUUUGACUUUUUAGUAUGUGGCCAUUGGAGAAAAGAAGUUCAGACACCCCUGAUCUAAAAUAUUAUAAGUUCUCGAACAAGAAUUAAAAUAAAGAUGUAUUUAAAGUUUAGUUAGUUGAUUAGUUAGUUGAAAAAAUAAAAAUGAUAACAUAUUAAUUAAUUAAUUUGAAAAAAAUACAACUAUAAUAAACACUGUUAAAUGUGUAACUGAACAUUAAUAUUUUUGUACAGGCAUAAUUGUUGACACACUAGGUUAUGCAGUUAAAAAAAUGUAUUAUUAUUAUUAUUAAUAUUAUUAUUAUAUUCUUACAGGGGGCAAACAAUAGUGAAGCUAAAAAGCUAUUAAAAAAUUGGACUGUAAUAAGAAAAAGCUGAAAAGUUCAAACUAAUAAUUAAUAAUAUACUUGGUCACACAUAACACAAAAACAUAUAUUUUAAUACAUAUAAUAUCUGUCUUUAGCAUUUCUUUUUGUUGAAAAAACAUAUCAAAAUGGCCCCUGCAUACUUGACUUUUCAGUACGUGGCCCUUGGUGGUAAAAGUGUAAACACCCCUGAUCUAAAAUAUUAGAAGCUCUUAAAAUAAAAAAUAAAAUAAAUAUGUAAAUAAAGUUUAAUUUAAAAAAUAAAAAUGAUAUUAAAUUAUUAAUUAAUUUAAUUUGAAGAAUUAUGACAACAAUAUUAAACAUGUUUAAAUGUGUAAACUGAACAGUAUUAUUUUUAUACAGGCAGAAUUUUUGACACACUAUUUAUGCAGUUACACAAUCGUAUUAUUAUUAUUAUUAUCAUUAUUAUUAUAUUCUUACAGGGGGGAAAAACAACAGUAAAAAUGUAAGAAAACAGUGCAAAAUAAUCUGGAAGUAAAGAAAAAAACCUGACAUUUUCCAACCAAUAAUUAUUAAUGAUAUAGUCAGUCACCAAUAACACCAAGUUUUGACUUUAAAUAUACAUAAUAUCUGUUUUUAACAUUGUGUUUCAUUAAAACAUAUCAAAAUGGCCCCUGCGUACUUGGCUUUUCAGUAUGUGGCCCUUGGUGGAUGAUCUAAAAUGUUAGAAGCUCUCGAAAUUAAACUAAAAUAAAAAAUAUAAACAAAGUUUAGUAAGUUAGUUAAUUGCAAAAUAAAAAUACUACCUUAUGAAUUAUUAAUUAGAAGAAAACAAUACAGAAAGAAUAGUAAACACUCUUAAAUGUGCAACUGAACAUGAAUAUUUUACACAACCGUAUUAUUAUUAUUAUUAGUCUAUUCUUAGAGGGAAAACCAGUAAAAAUGUAAGAAAAAAUAGGAGAAAAAAAAAUCUGAAUGUAAUGAGAUAAAUGUUGUAAUAUUAAUAAAAUACCUAGUCACCUAUAACAAAUGUUGAAAAAAUAAAACAAUUAAAAAUGGCCAGCAAAAUGAUGGAAAAUGUUUGGACACCCCUGUUUUACUUGAAGCAAUCAUGAGCAUCUAACUUAUGUAAACAGCAAUAGACACUGGCAUUUAUGGGAUACUAUGGUCGUCAUGGUUACCCUGGCAUUUAUUUAGGAGGGAAUGUUUGUGUAGCUAUGACAUGCUGUGUGAAUAAAACAUAUCAAAAAUGAUGUUUUUUUACAUGCUUCUCUUUCCAUGAAUGACGUCAUCCAUGCAUCCAGCCCCUCCCAUAGCCAGGGGGAGGAGUUAAAAGGAUGGCCUUAUAAGGGAAGAAAUGUGGCGCUUGAGCGAUAAUGAUGCAACAAAUGGCUGAUGGAGGCUGCAGGAAAGACGUUUGCCUCCCAGUAGACACACUUGGCCCCCCCAGUGUGACAUUAAAACAUAACUUUAUUUAAAUGGACUGUCAUUAAAAAGCAAUACAACUAACAUUAGUAAGUAAACAAACAUAUUUAUUUUGUAUUUAAUCGUCAAAAUACGGGGCAAUAAAUAAAAAAUAAUAAUUAAAUGAAUAAUUAAAAAUAAUAACAAUGAUAUAUAAGUAUGACUUAAUUUUGAUACUUUUGUGAUUUUAAUUAGAUUUUUUUAAACG